AUGCUUUCGUUCACCGACGAAGAAGCCUUGCAAAGGCUGGGACCUGUAGUGCCUUCCGAACCAGCGCCAUACCCCUCACGCGAAGCCAUCCUUGGAAAGUACGUAGACCUCGUGCCCUUGGCCACCGAUCACGCAGAGGGGCUCUUCAGCAUCAUUGGUCAGCCAGAGCACGAGCGGCUAUGGGAUUACAUGCUCGAAUCACCCUUCAACGGCGAUCGUUCCCGCUUCGAUGCCUACGUCUCUUCGCGCAUCUCCAACACCAACAACAUGAUGUUCUGGACCAUCUUCGACAAAUCCACUCGUCAAAUUCUCGGACUCAUCUCGUACCUCAACAUCGUUCCUAGCCAUCGGAGUAUCGAGGUCGGUAACGUCAUGUUUUCGUCUCUGCUUCAACGCUCCAGAAAGUCGAGCGAGGUGGUGUACCUGAUGAUCAAACACGCGUUUGAAACGUUGGGGUAUCGUAGGGUCGAGUGGAAGUGCAACAAUCUCAACGGUCCAUCCAAGAGAGCGGCGAUCAGAUACGGCUUCACGUAUGAAGGCUUUUUCAGGAAGCAUUUCGUGUUGAAGGGGAGGAGUAGGGACACAACCUGGUUUGCGAUCGUCGAUGAGGAUUGGCCGAUCAGGAAACAGGCCUUGGAAGCCUGGUUGAGCGAAGACAACUUCGAUCAGGAAGGCAAGCAGAUCAUGACACUGAAGGAGGCUCAUAAGAAGUUCGGAUACGUUGUUCCGGCUUCGCUCGUAUUACCUGCCAUGCCAUUGUGA